CCAACCCCCAGCCCCACCCCUCACAUCUCCUUCAAGCUCCCACCAUGUCCUCGCAGCUCCUCUGUGUCUUUCCACCCCUACUUAAUUCAAAUCACUCUUUCAAAACCUGCCUUCUCUCUUCCACCCCAUCCCCUGAGUUCAUGCAACCUCUUUUGGGAGGUUUUAAAUCUUGUGAAACAAAUAAACAAGCACAAAUCCAGGAUUGAGAUGCGGUACUACAGAUUCUCCAAUGGGGGCUGCAUGAUGACAGCCUUACAUAUUUAUGUACAUAGGAAGGUACAGCAGCCAAGCAGAUGGGGGCAGGCAGAGGGCCAGUCCUUUUAAAGCUGCAUCACUUCCUCAAAACAAAAAACAAACAAAGCCCCAGUCCUUAGGCAAUCUCCCUCCACUAAUUUUAAGAUCACCCCUGCAAUGCACUCUAGACCAAGGGUAGCCAAUUUGGUGUCCUCCAUAUGCUGCUGGACUACAAUAACCAUCAUCCAUAACCACUGGCCAUGCUAAUGGGGGCUGAUAGGAACUGUAGUCCACACAACACCUGGAAGGCACUGUACUGGUCCUCCCUGAUCUAGAUGGGAUAAAACAGCUUCCUGUGUUCCUCAACCUUGGGAAUUGGGAAGGGAUUGUGCAGAGAGUAGUGCCUUUGAGCAUGUACAAAGAGUUCCCCCCCUUCCCCUGAACUAGUAACUCAUUCCUCUGGAAUUAAAGGAAAUUACGGUAUAUCCUAUACAGUAUAAAUCUACAUACAGUAAGCUGUGUCCUUUGUAGCCAGGAGUGUCUUUAACCAGCUACAGCUGCUCCUGGACAGGCAUUUGGUAACCUCGAGGCUGCACUGGCGCAAUGCGCUCUGUGUGGGGCUGCCCUUGGGUCUGGCUCUGAGGCUCCAGGAACUGCAGAGUGCAGUGGCCAGGAUGCUGGUGGGGUCACCUGGCCGACAGGAUGUGACCCCCUUGUUCAGGCAUCUGCACUGGCUGCCCAUCUGCUACUGAGCCAGGGUCAAGGCCCUCGUAUUCAUUUACAAAGCCCUGAACCCUUUUAUACAGUAUCGCAGCUUGAUCACUCAGAUCAUCAUCAGCAGGAGCAUUGCUGGUCGUUACCUCAGUUGGUGAGGCUAAUUUGACGACAACAAGAAACCGAGCCUUUGGUGUCCAUCAGCCCAGCCCAGUGGAACACUCUGCCACAACAACAACAACAACAACAACAACAACAACAACAUAUUUAUAUCCCACCCAUCCGGCUGGGUUUCCCCAGCCACUCUGGGUGGCUCCCAACAGAAUAUUAAAAACACGAUAAAGCAUCAAACAUUAAAAACUUCCCUAAACAGGGCUGCCUUCUUAAAGUCUUCUAAAAGUCAGUUACCUGUUUAUUUCCUUGACAUCUGGUGGGAGGGCGUUCCACAGGGUGGGUGCACUUUUGGUUUGGCCUGCACCUCUUGUUUUAGUUAGAAGAUAUGCCCGGUGUGUGUGUGUGUGUGCAUCUGAUUGUGAGCACAUUAUCAAGUGGUUGUAAGGCAGGGGUCAGCAAACUUUUUCAACAGGGGGCCGGUCCACUGUCCCUCAGACCUUGUGGGAGGCCGGACUAUAUUUUGGGGGGGAAAUGAACGAAUUCCUAUGCCCUACAAAUAACCCAGAGAUGCAUUUUAAAUAAAAGGACACAUUCUACUCAUGUAAAAACAUGCUGAUUCCCAGACCGUCCGCAGGCGAGAUUUAGAAGGCAAUUGGGCCGCAUCCGGCCCCCGGGCCUUAGUUUGGGGAUCCCUGUUGUAAGGUUUUGUUUUCUGGCUUUCCUCACACAAUACAGAAAAUCUGUGAAUGCUUCAUCCAAACAUCUGUCUCCAUCCCCGCCCACCUUUUCAUUCAUCUUUUGCCUCUCCACAAUGAGAUCCAAGGAGCUCCUGAAGCUGCAAAAUGAAUGGAGGGCACGUCCCUUUGAUUUAAAGGCUUUGCUUAUGAAGUAGGGAGGCAUGGGGUGGGGAGAAUGGAGACCCAGACCCCUCAACCAGUGGAAAAAUUAUCCCUUGCUCUGAAACUGAGAGGCUCUCUCGAGACCAGGCACAAGAUGCAACCUAUAAUCAGGGCUUGGAUGGUGACUAAUCUCCAUCCACUCUGAAAAUGUCCAAUUAUUAACAGAUGAGGAUGAUAAUACGGUGGGGGGGUUAGUGUUGAUUUGGUUUGUUUUAUUUUAAAAGGUUAUCCGGCUGCAAUACACAGACAGCCUUUGACUGUUCCCUUAAUUUUCAAAAUAAAACAACAUGUGCUCUCUUGUCUGCAUCCCUUUUGACUGCAGCAAGGGGGAAGGGGCCUCAUUGACGUGAAAUAAUUCUAGACAGUUGCAAAAGACCUGUGUGAGCUCGACUGCCUUCUGUCUUCCUCAUGAAUUAUUUUGGGGACUUGGGAUGACCUGGAAGGGUGUAGUCAGUUUGUGGGGAAGGCUAAUGGAAUGGGCCCUCCUCUCCUUUCCACCCACCAACCCAUUCCCUAACCUUUCAGUUUUUCUGUUUUGCUAUAUGCAGGAGUCCACCAGGAGUGUGGGGGGGGGGGGAGAGAGAGAUUUGGUUAAGGACACAGCUAAAUGCCAGCCUUCUUUAUCUUGUUGGCAUCCAACUGUCUCAAGAAACAAUGGAGUGUGCCUCUGGGAGUGAAGCCAAACUGCCAUGUUAGCAGCAACGAAGUGACCUACCAGGGGCACAAGUCUGGACAGCGUGUCUGGAGGUCCUGGGCUGCCCAGACAACAAGACUCUCCUUUUGGCCACACUGAUGUGGUGCAAAGGAAAGCAGAGCAAGACGUCUGGCACCAGCUUGGCUGCAGGAGUUGCCAGAAGGAGGCAUACAAACAAGGUGCCAUUUUAGACACUCUGCUCCAUAUUUGUGUAGGGUUUAAUCCUUAGCCUUUUCUUCUCCCAAAUAUGUCCUGCAAGGCAGUCGGAGGUUGAGGACCAGAGUUUCCCUUCUCCUAGAUGGGCUCCCUUCCCAGGUGGACGAGCUCCAUCUACCUGUCUCCAAAUUUUGCGAUGAGGCUGAAGAAGGGCAUGCAACAGAGCAAGUGAGGUGUGUAGCCUGGAAAGAUUUCGCAGGGGCCAGCAAGAUAGAGAUUCCCCACUGCUGGUUUCGGGGGGGGGGGGGGGAACACCAAAUGUGAGGUAUAUGAUACAGAGAAACAACUGCUACCUUCCCUCCUGGGCUCUUAGCAGCCUCUCAUUAUCAUUUCACGCAGGUUAGUGCCUCACACAGCGCCACAAAACAACAACUCACUGCUUGCUGCCUGAGCACCUUAUCACAAGGUUUAAAGCUGGGCCUGCUUCCCAAGAGCUCUUCUCCCCCGCCUCAAUUGUUUUUGUUGAAGCAAGGUGUGCAGCGCAGCCGGUGCCAGGAGCUGCCUCCCAGAGGAACACUCCGUGUACCAGCAGAAACUAUUCUCUGUAAACUCUUCAUUUCCAAGAAUACUUUCCAAAGAAAAUCUUCUCCACUUCAUUUCAGCAGGUGCGGUCUGGGGGUGAAGGGUGGGGUGGAGAGGCAGCAAAAGUAGUAAAAGUCUUGAGAAGCCAGAGGGUGCUUCCAUAACGGUGAACAUUUAAGAAUAUAAGAACACAGGAAGAGCCCUGAGGCUGGAUCAGGCCAAUGGUCCAUUAAGUCCAGCAUCCUGUUCUCACAGUGGCCAGCCAGGUGUCUCAAUGGGAAACCCACAAGCAGACCCUGAACAUAGAAACCACAGGAGGGGAGGGGGCUCCUAACAGCUAGUAUAUCUCUGUCAAUUUCUGUCUAUUGGUGAGGGAGUCCACCUCCACAAACAAAACCCCUUUUUUUAGAAAAAUGGGGCGGUGUGUGUGUGUGUUGAAAUCCUACCACCGAGGCUGCUGUGUUCUAUAUCUGGCACUCUCAGCCACUUCACAGAUGCCACGAUGCUCGCCUCCUCGGUUUUCCUUCCGGCAAUCUGCUCUCACCAGUUGCCAAUUAAUUGCAUAUUGGUGUCUGCUCUCUUCCAGCAGUCUCGAUAAACACAAGGAAGGCAGAAUUUGAACAAACUCAGUCCUGACUGCUGCGGGGAGGGGGUAUGGGGUCUGUUGGCAGGCAGAAUGAAAAUCUGCCAUUGUCCCGGGCAUGUUAUCUGCUUGAUUUUGAAAGCAGACUUGUGGGAAGGGGCUGGGCAGAAGUGCUUUGCUGUUUCACCCCAGAGAUGGCCCAGGAUGCUCACCCCCGAGUGUUGCUGUGUUCUUUUUUUUUUUUCUAAAGCGUUCAGGGUGGAAAAAAGCUUUUGUUGCUGAACCGCCCUUCAAGUCAAACACACACACGCGCCAAUUCUGUUUGUUUCAGAACAUAUUUUUGCUAUGAAGGACUUCUUCAUGCAGCGUGAAAAAAUGUUGGAAGAUUAAGGACAGAUAGAGACCUUCAACAUGCAGCAUGUAGUUCAACUAUGGAACUCACUGCCACAGGAGGUAGUGAUGGCCACAUACUUGGACAGCUUUAAAAGAGGAUUGGAAUGUUGGUAGAGCAUGAGACUCUUAAUCUUGGGGUCAUGGGUUCGAGCUCCACAUUGGGCAAAAGUAGGUUGGACUAGAUGACCCCCAUGGUCCUUUCCAACUCCAUAGUUCUAUGAUUAUUAUAAGCACCUGUAAGCAUUGCCCCCCCUCCCUGAUUUGCUCUGGCAAUACUUGAGUCCCCAAAUACUUUCUAACAAGGUCAAUGGACAGUGCAUGCUAUUGGCAAUCAACCUCAGACCAUCAGAUUUAGACAGAGUUUGCCCUGCAGCCUGGAGCUUCAAAGGCAAAGCGUGGAAGCCUCCAAGGAGCCACAGACCUGCCAAUCUCUCUGUGCUGGGGAAGAAGGCUAGUUUAAGAGGGGAUGCUGUAUCAUCUGUCUGAAACCCACCCAUAAGGACCUGAGAAAGCCACAGCCUCUCUGCUUGGGUGAGGCCUUUUACCAUCUCCCCAGCAGUCACAUCCCUUCAUCGAGAGCUAAAAAAGCCAAUGCAAUUCUGGGCUGCAUCAAUAGGAGUAUAGCAUCUAGAUCAAGGGAAGUAAUAGUACCACUGUAUUCUGCUCUGGUCAGACCUCACUUGGAGUACUGUGUCCGGUUCUGGGCACCACAGUUCAAGAAGGAUACUGACAAGCUGGAAUGUGUCCAGAAGAGGGCAACCAAAAUGGUCAAAGGCCUGGAAACGAUGCCUUAUAAGGAACGGCUUAGGGAGCUGGGUAGUUUAGCCUGGAGAUUAAGGGGUGAUAUGAUAGCCAUGUUCAAAUAUAUAAAAGGAUGUCAUAUGUUUUCUGCUGCUCCAGAGAAGCGGACAUGGAGCAAUGGAUUCAAACUACUGUACAAGAAAGAAGAUUCCACUUAAACAUUAGGAAGAACUUCCUGACAGUAAGGGCUUUUCGGCAGUGGAAUUUGCUGCCAAGGAGUGUGGGGGAGUCUCCUUCUUUGGAGGUCUUUAAGCAGAGGCUUGACAGGCAUAUGUCAAGAAUGCUUUGAUGGUGUUUCCUGCUUGGCAGGGGGUUGGACUGGAUGGCCCUUGUGGUCUCUUCCAACUCUACAAUUCUGUGAUUCUAUGAGAGAACAUACUAUGUUGCUAAGGUAUCCUGCACCCUAAGCUGGGCUUUGGCAGAUGUGCCAGCUAGUUUAGAUGUGACUUUGCACAGUGGCCUCUGGAUAACAAAAUCUGUUUGAACUUGGCCCUGUAGACCAUCGGCAACCAGGGCGUCUCUAACCAUCCCCAGAGCACCUCUCCAGAAACCCUCUCCAUCCCGACUUUGCUGUUGCUCAAACCUCUAGUAAAGCAGAAAAAGGCGAGAGUCUUAACCGGUGUGCAAUCAGUUCGGCGCGAGGGGAAGCCGCACCGUAGUUCUGAGUAUACGCACGAUCUGUUCUCUCCUCCUAUUUCCCGAUUCCCAAAGGAAGGGAAGCGAGAAGGAGGGCGGGCCGGCAGCGCAAGCGAGGGGCCGAGCCGGGCCGGGCCGGGCUCGCCUUUGUCUCCUCCUCCCUUCCCGCGGAACAAGCCAGCGGAGGGAGGGAGGGAGACUGGAUUGCGCCCGGGCUGAGUCCGCCUUUGCUGCUGUUGCUGCUGCUGUUGCCAGGUCGAACCCCCGGGAAGAUUGGGGCCUGGAACAGAAGGAAGAGGAGUAGCGCCCGCCCCACUCCCCGUCGAGCCAAGGCAGGCUGGCGAGCGAUGGUGGCCAGCGCCAGACACUACUGCUCUGUGGGGCUUUCGGCGUGGCGCCUCCUCCUCCUCCGAGGAGACCCGCAAGUGGCGGAGGCGGCAGCUGCUAAGAUCCCAUCUAAUGCCCAGGCUGAAGGAAUCUCGCUCCCACGAGUCACUGCUCAGUCCAAGUAGCGCUGUCGAGGCCCUGGAUCUCAGCAUGGAGGAAGAAGUGGUCAUUAAGCCUGUUCAUAGCAGCAUCCUGGGGCAGGAUUUCUGCUUCGAGGUGACGACAUCGUCCGGGAGCAAAUGCUUUUCCUGCCGCUCUGCAGCCGAGCGGGACAAGUGGAUGGAGAACCUGCGCCGUGCUGUGCACCCGAACAAGGACAACAGCCGGCGGGUGGAGAACAUGCUCAAGGUGUGGAUUAUCGAAGCCAAAGACUUGCCAGCCAAGAAGAAGUACCUGUGCGAACUCUGCCUGGACGAGGCCCUCUACGCCCGGACCACAUGCAAGUUGAAAACGGACAAUGUCUUCUGGGGGGAGCACUUUGAGUUCAACAACCUCCCGUCCCUGAGGGGCAUCACGGUCCACCUGUACAAGGAGACCGACAAGAAGAAGAAGAAGGACAAGACCAACUUCGUGGGGCUGGUCAGCAUCCCGGCAGGCUCCGUCACGGGCCGGCAGUUUGUGGAGAAGUGGUACCCGGUGGUGACGCCCAACCCCAGCAAGGGCAAGUCGGGGGGGCCCAUGAUCCGCAUCAAGUCACGCUACCAAAGCAUGAGCAUCCUCCCCAUGGAAAUGUACAAAGAGUUUGCCGAGUACAUCACCAACAACUAUAUGGUCCUCUGCUCAGUUCUGGAGCCGGUCCUGAGUGUGAAGAACAAGGAGGAGAUGGCCUCGGCCCUUGUCCACAUCCUGCAGAGCACAGGGAAGGCCAAGGAUUUCUUGACGGACCUCAUGAUGUCUGAGGUGGACCGAUGUGGCGAAAAUGAGCACCUUAUUUUCCGAGAGAACACCCUCGCCACGAAAGCGAUCGAGGAGUACCUGAAGCUGGUGGGGCAGAAGUACUUGCAAGAUGCCUUAGGCGAGUUCAUCAAGGCACUGUACGAAUCGGACGAAAACUGCGAGGUGGAUCCCAACAAGUGCUCCUCUUCAGACCUCCCAGAGCAUCAGAGCAACCUGAAGAUGUGCUGUGAGCUGGCCUUCUGCAAGAUCAUCAACUCAUACUGCGUCUUCCCGAGAGAGCUGAAGGAGGUCUUCGCCUCGUGGCGCCAGGAGUGCAGCAGCCGCGGCCGCCCAGACAUCAGUGAGCGCCUGAUCAGCGCCUCCCUGUUCCUCCGCUUCCUCUGCCCGGCCAUCAUGUCGCCCUCCCUCUUCAGCCUCCUCCAGGAGUACCCCGAUGACCGCACAGCCCGCACCCUGACCCUGAUCGCCAAGGUCACGCAGAACCUGGCCAACUUUGCAAAGUUUGGCAGCAAAGAAGAAUACAUGUCCUUCAUGAACCAGUUCCUGGAGCACGAGUGGACCAACAUGCAGCGGUUCCUGUUGGAGAUCUCCAACCCGGAGACGCUCUCCAACACGGCCGGCUUCGAAGGGUACAUUGACCUUGGCCGCGAACUCUCCACCUUGCACUCUCUGCUCUGGGAGGUUGUGAUUCAGCUGGACCAGAGCACGGCAACAAAGCUUGGCCCCUUGCCACGCAUUCUGAGGGAUGUCAAUUCGGCCCUCAGCAACCCGUCCUGCGUGCAAGUCUCCAUCACAGCCGAUCAUGCUGCCUCACCGCCCAACGCCAGCAACAGCAUAUCUGUGGGGCUGCAGAAGAUGGUGAUCGAGAACGACUUAUCUGGUCUGAUAGAUUUCACACGGUUACCGUCUCCAACCCCUGAAAACAAGGACUUGUUUUUUGUCACAAGGUCUGCGGGGGCCCAGCCCUCACCCGCCCGGAGCUCCAGCUACUCGGAGGCCAAUGAGCCCGACGUCCAGAUGUCCAACGGCAGCAAGAGUCUCUCCAUGGUGGACUUGCAGGACAGCCGGGUUCUGGAGGGUGUGGCCGCCCUCCCGGGGCCGGCCGACCCACUCGGCGACGGGCCCCCCUCCAUCGGGCAGGCCCCGGGCCCCUGGGGCACGCGGACUCAGCAGAACGCCGUGGCCGCCAUGGCCACCGUGCGGCGGGCGGGCCAGACCCCCACGACGCCCGGCGCAGAGGGCGCCCCCGGACGGCCCCAGCUCCUGGCGCCCCUCUCCUUCCAGAACCCUGUGUACCAGAUGGCCGCGGGCCUGCCCCUCUCGCCUCGGGGGUUGGCGGACUCCGGCUCCGAAUGCCACAGCUCGCUCAGCUCCCACAGCAACAGCGAGGACUUGGCAGCGGUGGGCAAGCACGCCUUUGGCAACCCCGUCGCGGUCGCCGCCGCGACGGAGGACUUCAACCGGCGGGCGGGGGAGCUGGCCCGCCGGCAACUCUCGCUUUCGGACAAGGGCGGGCAGCCCACCAUGCCCCGGCAGAACAGCGGGGGGCCCCAGAGGCGGAUAGACCAACCGCCACCGCCACCGCCGCCACCGCCGGUGACUCGGGGCCGGACGCCGCCCUCGCUGCUGAGCACAAUGCAGUACCCACGCCCCUCCAGCGGGGGCAUGCUCUCCUCCUCGCCCGACUGGCCGGGCAGCGGGGCACGGCUGCGGCAGCAGUCCUCCUCCUCCAAGGGAGACAGCCCGGAGAUGAAGCAGCGGACGAUGGUGCAUAAGCAGGCCCCUUCUCCUGUGAACCCCAAUGCCCUGGACCGCACAGCCGCUUGGCUUUUGAAUAUGAACGUGCAGUUUUUAGAAGAGGAGAGCAGUGACCCAGACCCCAAGCACAGGGAUAAGAUCCGGAAUAAAGAGGAGUUCGGCCAAGGGGAAAAGUAUCACCAGGACGCGGCGGCCCUGCAGGACAAGCUGCGCAUCUCCAACAAGAAGCUGGAGGAGUACGAAGCCCGCUUCAAGUGCCAGGAGGAGAACACGCAGAAGCUGGUGCUGGAGUACCAGGCGCGGCUGGAAGAGAGCGAGGAGCGCCUGCAGCGGCAGCAGGAAGACAAAGAGAUGCAGAUGAAGGGCAUCAUCAGCAGGCUGAUGUCAGUGGAGGAGGAGUUGAAAAAAGAUCACGCAGAAAUGCAGGCGGCUGUGGACUCCAAGCAGAAGAUCAUAGACGCACAGGAAAAGCGCAUCGCCUCCCUGGACGCAGCCAAUGCCCGGCUCAUGAGCGCCCUCACCCAGCUGAAAGAGAGGUACAGCUCGCAGACCCGUAAUGGGAUCUCCCCUACCAACCCGACUAAAUUGCAGAUUACCGAGAACGGCGAAUUCCGAAACAGCAGCAAUUGUUAAGCCGGUGGGAGUUGGCGGCUGCUGUUGCUGAGGGAGAUUGAGAGGAGAGGAGAGAGGAAGGAGAGGAGAGGAGGAAGGAGG